GGACUUUCAAAUCACUUCAAACUUCUACAGUGUUUUCCAUUCAACAGUUAUCUACAAAUGAAUUGUGUAUUUAAAAUGUUUUGAGAGGGAGUGUAAAAUUAUUUGUGUGUUUCAAUCAUGAAUUUAAUUGUGUUUAUAUUUGGAUUAAUUGUUGUCUACGGAACUCAAGUCAGUGCCGAGAGCACCGGUAACAUAUGGCCGUACCCACAGGUGGCCAAAAUCGACAAAACAUUUUUCACAAUCAACUCAAAGGAGUUCGCAUUUGCGGUGAAAACGAAAGGAAAGUGCGAUUUGUUGGACAAAGCGAUCGCAAGAUAUAAGAAACUACUUUUCCUCGAAGACUGCUCUCUAGUCAGCGCUAAUGCCAUCGAAAGUCUAUUCGACAGUCAAUUGAAUUUACGGCAAAACGCCGACUAUUUGGGAGAUAGGGGCAAUAAUCUGACACAAUAUAAGAAAUAUGAAUACUAA